GGCUGCGACUGGCUGCUGAGCGGGCGGGGAGGCAGCGCCCCGCCCAGAGCGCUUCCCGGCAAGCUGGGCAAGGCCGGCCGGAGCCUUCGCGUAUGUGUCACGGCUGGGUGGGCGUCUGGAAAGCCGGAGAUCCAGGUAUUUGGGGUGAUUAGGUCCCGAACCCCCAAAAGUGCAAUCAUAAGGGCAUCUGCUUGGAAGUAAGACCUGCAGAAUUCAGCAGAAUAUAUUCUUGAGAGCUAAGAUGGUGGUUCUUUCUAAGGAAUACGGCUAUGUGAUUCUCACUGGUGCUGCCAGUUUUGUCUUGAUAACGCAUCUUGCUAUUAAUGUGGGGAAAGCACGCAAGAAAUACAAUGUCCAGUAUCCAAAUAUGUAUAGUACAGACCCUGAAAAUGGACAUAUCUUCAACUGUAUCCAGAGGGCACACCAAAACACGCUGGAAGUGUAUCCUCCCUUCCUGUUCUUUCUUGGAGUAGGUGGAGCCUUCUACCCGCGUGUCACUACGGGACUUGGUAUAGCAUGGAUCAUUGGAAGAAUGUUUUAUGCUUAUGGCUAUUACACAGGAGAUCCCAAGAAACGAAACCGAGGAGCCAUUGGUUCAGUUGCACUCCUUGGCUUGGCAGGGACCACCAUUUAUUCAGCUUUUCAGCAUCUUGGCUGGGUCUGCAGUGACUAGAUGACAUCCCCUCUGUGGUUUCUUGGGAAGUCUUUAAAUUUUUCAAUAAUGCAAUCAUAUUUUUAACUAAAUAAAUCAAAUAAAAAUCAAUUUUAAUGAUA